UGUGGGGUUGCCACGUGCAUUAGCAAAAAAGUGAUUAUUUUCAUGAGGUUCAUAACUAGUUAUGUGUUUCUCCCGAUUGCUAGCUUAAAUUAUAGUGGUGCUUUCCCAUGUAAAUACUUAGACUAGGAUUGGGGGCUCUAGAGCUGUAUUGUUAGAUGUUUUGGAUCUCAAAGAUCCUUGGAGAACAUAGUAGAAAGGUGUGUGGGCCCAGUUUCCAGGAAAAUGGGCAAGACUAAAGUAUGUGUAAAUUUGAGCUAAUGUUUUCAAUGUUGUCACUGUGUUUGACUAGCUCUUGGCUAAGGUGGUUUCUGUGGAAGAUUGGCUCAUUGUGAAGGUGAAGAGACCUCACGGACACGUAGAAUGAGUUGUCCUUCUGUGACAGCUAUUUUAGUUACCUGACUGGUGCUGGUGCCUUCCCAAGUUAUUUCCUCCAGCAGAAAAGAAUGUCUGAAAAAAAGAAAAAGCAAACCUUGCAAAGCUUUGUGAUGAAAUUCCACACUGAAGUUAAGCCAGUCUUUGACCACUGAAGUGAGGGUCCACUCUGCUUGCUUCAUUAGCAUGAGGUCUUCUGAGAUCCAUCAUUGUUAAAAUAUUUGAAAGCACCCUAAUUCUUAGCAUUAAAAACUGGAGACAGUCUUUCAAUACUGCCAGUGUGGUUAUAGUGCAGAAUUCACAUGCCAGAAAAUGGCACCUCUGUUUCCUAAGCAAAAACAAAAAGUCUGGUGUGUCACUCUUUGCACUUUUGAAAUUGCUUGUGGCUUUAGCAGGAUAUGUGUUUGAUUGACUAUUUAAUAGCUAAGUAUAGAAUCAUCCAUAUUAUGCAAGGUAUGGAGGUAAAUGGGCUAACAACCCCAUUAAACAACUCUUAACCCUUGUUAAAUAGGAUUGAGUCUCAAGGUUAAAAUGACAUCAAAGAUUAUGAAGAACAUAUUUCAUCAUAUCAAUAGAAGGAAAGGGGUUGAAUUUGUUGGCACAGUUUGAAAAUGGUUUUUGAUGAAACCAACUAUUUGAUCCAUUUAAGUGACAGCUAGUGAAGUCAGUGUUCAACCCAUACAUAGAUUCCAGAAAACUCUGGGUACUAGAAUGGCAGUGUAUUGCUACCACCUGGUUUAGCUGACAGACACUGGUCUUUGCCAAAUCUUACAGUACUGUAUUCACAUGCCUGCCCUCUGUAGAAUGAAAUUUAAAAGUAACUUCUGUUUGCAGGGUUUCCUACGCGUUUAUCACAUUUUAAUUUUUUUAUUUCUAUUGGGAAUUUUUAGAAAUGUUCUUGGAGGAAGGGAGUCAAGGUGAAAUGAGAAAAAGGAAAACUGAAUUUCAGCCCCCAAUCCAAGUAACUGGAUGAGGAGAGAGAGAUCCCAUAUCAUCAGAAUUCUCUUGACCUUUGUGUCAAUAUUUUCCCUGUAUUCUGUUCAUCUCCUGUUGAAGACUGCCAACGAAGGAGGAUCUUUAUUAUACGAACAGUUGGGACAUAAGGCAUUUGGAAUGGUUGGGAAGCUUGCUGCCUCUGGAUCGAUCACAAUGCAAAACAUUGGAGCUAUGUCAAGCUACCUCUUCAUAGUGAAAUAUGAGUUACCUUUGGUGAUCCAGGCUUUAAUGAAAAUUGAAGAUAAAACUGGAGUGUGGUAUCUGAACGGUGACUAUUUGGUUUUGCUGGUAUCAGUGGUGCUUAUUCUUCCUUUAUCGCUGCUGAGAAACUUAGGAUAUUUGGGAUACACCAGUGGACUUUCCUUACUGUGUAUGAUGUUUUUUCUGAUUGUGGUGAUUUGCAAGAAAUUCCAGAUUCCUUGUCCUAUGGAAAUUGCUUUGAUGCUUAAUGAGACAAUAAAUAGCACCUCAGCAUAUCCAACCAUUUUUCCAUCUGAGGUGGCAUUUAACAUGACUGAAGAGGACUCUUGCAGACCACAAUACUUCAUCUUUAACUCACAGACUGUCUACGCUGUGCCCAUUCUGACUUUUUCAUUUGUCUGUCAUCCUGCUAUUCUUCCCAUUUAUGAAGAACUGAAAGGCCGAAGCCGCAGAAGAAUGAUGAACGUGUCCAAGAUUUCCUUCUUUGCUAUGUUCCUUAUGUACCUGCUUGCUGCCCUCUUUGGCUAUUUGACAUUUUAUGGACACGUGGAGUCUGAAUUGCUUCACACUUACUCUGUUGUGCUGAAAGAUGAUAUUCUUCUUCUCAUUGUCCGUUUGGCUGUGUUAAUGGCUGUCACCUUGACAGUGCCAGUGGUUAUUUUCCCGAUCCGGAGUUCUGUAACUCACUUGUUCUGUGCAGCAAAAGAUUUCAGUUGGUGGCGUCACAGUCUCAUCACGGUGUCCAUCUUGGCAUUUACCAACUUGCUUGUCAUCUUUGUCCCAACCAUUAGAGAUAUCUUUGGUUUCAUUGGUGCGUCUGCCGCUGCAAUGUUGAUCUUUAUUCUUCCAUCUGCCUUCUACAUCAAGUUAGUGAAGAAAGAGCCUAUGAAAUCUGUACAAAAGAUUGGGGCUGUGUUCUUCCUGUUGAGUGGCAUAGUGGUGAUGACUGGAAGCAUGGCCUUGAUUGUUUUGGAUUGGAUACAUGGUGCCUCUGGGGGUGGCCAUUAACUGGCACCUCUAAAACUCCAGUAGUUCAUUUGAUGCCAGUGUUGAGUCAACUCUCAACUACUAUGAAAUUUCACCUAAUAUUUUCAGUUUCACUUCCUUUUGAAGUGCAGGUUCCUCGCUGGUUCUUCUGAGUGCAGAAUACGUGGACUCUUUUUCAUUUAUUUUUUAUUUUUAAAAAACUAUUCUGUAUGAUACCAAUGGAUAUGGACAGCAAAACCACGAGUCUCGGGUUAACGGAAGUGAUAUUUUUAUUCCAUUCCAGAGAAUGGACGAACUUUAACUUUUAUCAAGCCACAUGUUUGGCUGUGUCAUUGUUUAACUUGGAUAUUUUAUGAUUUUACUUGAAUGUGCCUAAUGGAACCAUUCAAUGUGAGAAACAAUUCUUAAUUUACAGCAAAGUAUUGAGAGAAAAAAAAAAACACUAUUGUUUUUUGUACCAAAAAUAUUUAAAGACCUCAGAAGCACUAUUUUACUUUUAAGAAAUUGCCUUUUUUUUUUUAAAGAAAAUUUUGUCCAAAAAAGUCAGUAAAUUCUGUAAAAAAAACUUCAUUGGUAUUUAAAAUAUUAGUAUUAUGAAAUAAAUAUGCCUUUUUGUGGGCAUGUAAGCCAAAAACUUUUUUUUACCCAAAACAACUUUUAGAGAAAAUGAUGUAAUGAAAAAUUGUACCGUGAAUAGGAGUCUAGAUAUUUGUUGUUUUCAUUCAAACCUCACUACUUGAGAAUUCAUCAUUUUUCUUCUCUGUCCCCAUAAUCUUCAUUCAGAUUCUGAAAUGUUUAUGGCUUCCACCUAUUAUUAGGAAGAUAAUGUAGAAAUUUCUGUGGGGAGAGAAAUAAAUUUUUGAGGUACCAAAUAGUGCAAUUGGGUAAAACAGGGUUUAUUCAGUUGCAUCUGGCUCCAGAGUUGCAUAGUCAGUUCUGGGCUGUUGUCUUUUGUUUUGGGCCAGCCCUUUUUAUUUUUGACAUUGCUUCCAGCAGUGGAAAAAAAUGGGCAUUUGAUGGCAAUAGGCCAACGCUGAUAUUAUCCAGAGAGGACAGUUUUUCAGAAUGCUCAUCUGCUACUGGAAGUGUGAAUUACUUGACAAUGUAUGGCUUUGUUAUGUUCAUGUUUUGUCUAUAGUAGAGGUCUAAUCCACAAGUUACACCAAUAUUUGGUAUACAUUUGCUUCAUCUAGGCCACUAGGUUUCUCAUGCAGUAAGCUUUUUUUUUUAAAAAAAAAAAAACUCAAUUGCACUGGAUUGUCAUCUCAUUUUUGUACAACAUAAAAUUGUUUGUUUACAUCCAACAAAUGGUUAGCUAGGGGAAAACGGUGCAACCUGAGUGUAAGUAGUUGGUCCAGCUGCAUGUCCAUCCUCCCAUUUCAAUCCCAGUUAGAAAUAAAACAAAUUAGUUGGCUUUAAGAGCACAUUUAUUGUACACUACAGUAUAUGGUGAAUAUAUUAAAAUAAUGUGGUACUUUGCUUAUCAGGCAUAAUGUCUCAAAUCUGAUACACAGAAUUCCAUUAGUGGUUGAGGGAAACAAAAAAUGGAAUCGUCAGUUGGUCAUCUGGCUUUAUGGUUUUCUCUUGACAUGUUUUUAGUUUUAGACAAGGGCCAGCAAUGUGGCAGACAUGGUUUUUGUUACAUAUUCUAUGGGACUCAAAUACAGACGAGGCAUCUGUAAUUAAAAAACCUUUGUAAGACUGGAAGACAUUUUGUAGUGCUCCAUUGGGUAAAACCAAUGGUCUGCUCUUGUUUGUUUCCACGACAUUUGAGUAACCAGGGACCAUCUAGAAAGGCAGUGGCACAACGGAUUCUAUAUUACUGCUUUCUUUGAAUUGGGCUUUUGGUAUUCCUUUCGAUUCCAGAAGCUCGCCUCUAGUCCAGACCAAGAAUUGGCACUUCUGCUUGAGUUCCUGGAAAGGACUGCUUCCUCCCCAAGACUGGCAGGGAAUACCAAAGAAGGAGUUGUUUACAGUUUACAUCCUUUUUAUGUGGGAAAAAAUGCCAUGACAACAAGGAAGGAAUGGGAAGAAAUAUUUAAAAGCAAUUUGACGUUAUGAGAGCUCCUUCAAUCUUUGGCUGUUUUUUUGAGGGUCAGAAUCAAAUGCCUAGGCCCAAUUUCAUUGCAUGACUUGGAGCUGUUUUGUCUGUCUUGAGGUUCCUAGCCAGUGAUUUCCAAUUAAUGAGCAGUCUUCAGUAUUAAAAACCACUGUCCUGUCACCUCAUCUUGCAUUACUGUCUUCCGUGGAUGUUUCAGUUAUACUGUAAUGUUAUUUAUAGAACAGCAUUAAUCCAUUAAAGCUAACCUAUUUUUCAAUAUUUAUGGUAAUCUAUGUACAUACAUCGUCUGUGCAUAUGUAUUUGUAAAUAGGUUGUAUAUAAUGUUAGCUUUGGGGUUUGGGUUAAAAUGUACAUAUUACUGUAAGUUUCUUAACUGCAUUUUGAUGAGAUUCAUAUUAUGUAUCUAUAAGAAUUGUCUCCAAAGUACCUGUACAGAGAUUUCAAUAUGAACAAAUUGACAAAUACUAAAACAAAAAAAUAAAAAUUAAAAAAAAACUUUAAAUUGAACUUGCAAUAAAAACAGAAUGGUUGAACAUCAAUUUUCAUGAAGAAAAAAAAAAUUGGUACAAGUUACAAUCUCAUAAUUGUAAAAUCUAAAUCUUCAAAAUGCAGUGGCUAUCAAAAUAUGAUCUAGUGUGGUGAACUAUGAUGACCUCGUAAUGGUGAAAGACCUUUAGGAGCCUAGGUGUUAACUUUCUGUAAAUAGUGUAAAUAUCACCACUGUGCUAGAGGUCAACAAUUCCAGUAUGACUUGUUGGCAGAGAGUGCUACACUGUUUCAAUGAAACUGUUUGUUUUAACUAAACUAAAAUAAAUACAUGCUUAAUCCUGA